AUGACCGUUUCAUACGAAAGCUAUAGAAAAAAUAAAGUAAGAGAGAUUUACGAGAAACAACUAAAGAUAUGUAACGCAUUUGACAAUCAUCGAUGCGAAAACGGUGGGCUACUAGAAUACAGUGAGGCAAAGGGUUUUACAUGCAAGUGCCCUCGAAACUACAUUGGAAAAACCUGCGAGGAACUGAAACCCGUCACAUUCAUUUCGAUGAUAUUGUCGUGGAUCCGACAAUUAGACGUAGAAUUUGGCAUGCCAACGAAUUGGUGGCAUUUAAUUCCUUUUACUUCAGAGCGUCAGUUGGCAUACGUUUACGCUUUCCAUCAGAGUGUAUUGAAAAGCUUGGAAGACGCAUUUUAUGAUUCCGACAACGAUACAAACGGACACAACAUCAACGGGAGAAUAUUACCACGUUCGCGUCCAUUGAUGUGUCCAAACAACAACAAUUUACCGCCGCUUAAUUUAUUGUACACCGACAUCUUUGAACGCCAAUCUGGCCAGUUCAAACCGGAUUUGGAAAACCGCAAUUUACUAUUUCAAGCCUUCUACCAAUACUUUAUUUUACAAUUUUUCGACUCUGAUUCCAAAUUAACGAUAACGGCUUCCCAAUUAUAUGGCAGAGACUCAGUUACAGAAAAAUCUUUGAGAUCGUUCUCCGAUGGUAAACUUAAGACACAGUACAUUAAUAACGAACAUUAUGCGCUAUACACGUCACCCAAAAUACACUCGAACGUACAUCGACGAGAAUAUCUCAAAUCGACGGAUGGCAUUUCGACCAUGAUUUCAAGCAUGAACCCGAUGCUUUUCGCGGUGUCAACACUUUGGGUGCGUGAACACAACCGCGUUUGUGACAUGCUGUCACUGGUAUCGUCACCCAGUUGGACAGACGAACAGAUCUAUAAGACGGCCAGAAAAAUUGUUACUAGCCAGAUGAUGGUAGUAAUGAUGAACGAAAUUUUAAAAGUGCAAACAGGACAUCGGUAUUCAAUCAAGUUCAGACCGGAAGCUUAUCACCACCGAAUACAAAACAUCAGUAGCUCCGCCAUGCCAAUUGAACUAAUUUUGAUGAUGGCCGUAUCAAAUUUACCGGAACAGUUCAAUGGAAAUCCAAUAUCUAGGGGUGACAACAGACAAGUGUUGGAUGUGGGUUUAAAAAAUACGCUGCAGUUCAUGAUCAGCCAACCUAUGGGCAGGCUAACAGCUCACAACGACGGAUCCGUGACGCGACCGUUGACUGAGAUCUUGAUGAAGCUUUCCCGAGAACAUUCUGUGCAGAGUUUUAAUAACUAUCGGAGACGAUUUGGGCUACCUAAAUACGACAGCUUUUACCAUCUGACCAAUAACUGGAAAACCGCUAAUGGAUUAAACUAUUUGUACAAAAACGUAGAUGACGUGGAUUUGUUGACCGGCGUGAUGACAGAAAGAUCGAGAAUCGGGUCGCUGCCCACCUCCACAAUCGUGACACACAGUUUCAUUGUAAAUGCUAUUUUAACCAAUGGCCUUACAAGUGAACAUUCGUGGAAAUCAGAUACGUUCGGAGGAGAGCAAUUUUUCGAUAUGGUAAAGUCCACAACAUUGAGGUCGUUAGUAUGUCGGAACUUGAUCGACUAUUGCGACGGGUUAAAUGUCGGUCUUUACACAAAAUAA